AUGACUGCUAGCAGCUUCGCAUUGGAGCAUCCAAAGACAGCUAUAGUGUUUGGUGCUGUCCUCGCGUCCUGGCUUUAUCUUGGAGGUCUAGUCAUAUAUCGUCUAUGGUUUCAUCCACUCUCGAAGUAUCCUGGGCCAUUUCUAGCGAAAGUCACUGAUUGGUACUCUGCAUACCACGCAUGGAAAGGAGACAGACACCUCGAGUUCUGGAGAUGCCACGAGCAGUACGGCCAAUUCGUCAGAUUUGGCCCUAACAGUCUGUCUGUCAACACCAACACGGCCUUGAAGGAUAUCUAUGGCUUCAAGGCAAACGUCAGGAAGUCAGACUUCUAUGCAGCCUUCCCACCCACCAAGGACACCUUCAACACCCAUAGCAGCAUCGACAAGGUAGCUCACGCCCGCAAGCGCAGAGUCUUGUCCCAUGCCUUCUCCGACAGCGCUAUCAAAGCCAUGGAGAACCACAUCAUCGCCCACAUUCGCGUUUUCUGCGACAAACUAGGCGAAAAGGCCUUUCCACGAGGCCGCACCGUCGAAUCCCUCGAAAAGUACUCUCAGGAGAAGUGGAGCAAAGCGCAAAACAUCGCUGACUGGGCUAACUACAUGACCUUUGACAUCAUGGGCGACCUCUGCUUCGGCAAGUCCUUCGGCAUGCUCGAGCGACCCGACAACCGCUUCGCCAUCGACCUCCUCGCGAACGCCGCCCACCGCCAUCUAAUCUGCGGCACCUACCUGCCCAUCCACACCUACCACCUCGACAAAAUCCUCUUCCGCAAAAUCGCCUCCGGCCGCGAGCGCUACAUGGCAUACAGCCGGGCCCAAGCCGCCGAACGCACAAAAGCCGGCCUGGACGUCGACCGCAAGGACUUCUUCUACCACCUCCUGCGCGCCACCGACCCGGAAACCGGCAAAGGUUUCAGCGGACCGGAACUCUGGGCCGAAAGCAACCUGCUCAUCAUCGCCGGCUCCGACACCACCUCCACCGCCCUCGCCGCCACCUUCUUCUACCUCACCCACAACCCACACGCCCUCGAGCUACUCACAUCCGAAGUCCGCACCGCCUUCUCCUCCGUCGACGACAUCCGCAUCGGCGCCACGCUGUCCAGCCUCGCGUUCCUGCGCGCCUGCAUCGACGAGGCAAUGCGUCUCAGCCCCUCCGUCGGCGGCCUGUUACCGCGCGAGAUCCUCCCAGGAGGCCUCACGCUCGACGGCCACACGCUACCCGCCGGCACGGUCGUCGGCGUGCCGCACUACGCCAUCCAUCACAACCCAGCCUACUUCCCGGCGCCUUUCACGUUCGACCCGGCACGUUGGCUUGCGCCGUCGCAUCCGUUGAGCACGGGGUAUACGGCUGCGCAGGUGGCGGCUGCGCAAAGUGCGUUUUGCGCGUUCAGUGUGGGCCCACGCGGGUGUAUUGGGAAGGGCAUGGCGUAUGCGGAGCUGGGGAUUGCGGUGGCGCGCGCUGUGUGGUUGUAUGAUGUGCGAGUGGCGCCGGGGACGACGUUGGGUGAGGGCAGGCCGGAGUGGGAGUGGGGACGCAGACGUGCUGAGGAGUAUCAGUUGAAGGAUACGUUCACGAGUGUGAAGGAUGGGCCGUUGGUGCAGUUUGCGUCGAGGUUAUGA